AGUUUGACUCUACUCCGCAGCAGCUGGAGAGAUGCAAAAAGAGUCCAGGAGCGAGCGGUGUGGAGCAAUCUCGCGAAACACAUUUCCUUUCUAACCACAUCCUUCUGUCAGUAAGGGUGGAGGAGGAAGGAAAAAGGCGUCUCUGUUGCCGUUGGUCCCGGAAUCUCGUGUUGUCUUGCUGAGGAUCCCGACAUGGAUUUGGAGAGCAAAAUCAAGAAGAUGGGCUUAGGACAUGAAGAAGGAUUUGGAGCCCAAUGUUUAAAAUGUAAAGAUAAAUGUGAAGGAUUUGAACUACACUUCUGGAGAAAAAUAUGUCGAAAUUGCAAGUGUGGGCAAGAGGAACAUGAUAUUCCCACCAGUAAUGAAGAUGACCGCAAAGUGGGGAAGCUUUUUGAGGACACGAAGUAUACAACUCUAAUUGCAAAGUUGAAAUCAGAUGGUAUCCCCAUGUAUAAGCGUAAUGUAAUGAUACUGACUAAUCCUGUGACAGCCAAGAAGAACGUGUCCAUCAAUACAGUAACUUACGAAUGGGCACCUCCUGUUCAGAAUCAAACCUUGGCGAGGCACUAUAUGCAGAUGCUUCCAAAGGAGAAACAGCCUGUGGCUGGCUCGGAAGGGGCUCAGUACCGCAAGAAACAGUUGGCCAAGCAGCUGCCUGCUCAUGAUCAGGACCCUUCCAAAUGCCACGAGCUGACACCUAAUGAGGUGAAGCAGAUGGAGCAGUUUGUGAAGAAAUACAAGACCGAAGCGCUGGGCGUGGGUGAUGUCAAGCUUCCCAGUGAAGUGGAAGGGAAAGCCGGGGAGAAGGAUAUCCUGAGUAAUGGCGAGAAGGGAACCUCCACUACCGUAGGAGCCAUGGAAGACAAACAGGCUGGUCAGAAAGGAACUCAAUAUUUCUGCUUCCGGUGUAAUCAAAAUAUGAAAGAAGGUGACCCAGCUGUGUAUGCUGAGCGGGCUGGAUAUGACAAACUCUGGCAUCCUGCUUGCUUUGUCUGCUGCACCUGCAAUGAACUCCUGGUAGAUAUGAUCUAUUUCUGGAAAAAUGGAAAACUCUAUUGUGGCCGACACUACUGUGACAGUGAAAAACCUCGCUGCGCUGGAUGUGAUGAGCUUAUUUUCAACAAUGAGUACACACAAGCUGAAGGUCAAAACUGGCAUCUGAAGCAUUUCUGCUGCUUUGAUUGUGACUGUGUCUUGGCUGGAGAAAUCUACGUCAUGGUUAAUGAAAAGCCCAUCUGCAAACCCUGUUAUGUGAAGAAUCAUGCUGUGGUCUGCCAAGGCUGCCACAAUGCUAUUGAUCCUGAAGUUCAACGUGUCAGUUACAACAACUUCAACUGGCAUGCUACCACAGAGUGCUUUCUGUGCUCCUGUUGCAGCAAGUGUCUGAUUGGCCAGAAGUUCAUGCCAGUAGAAGGAAUGGUUUUCUGCUCAGUGGAGUGCAAGAAAAAGAUGAUGUCCUAAUGGGAAGGAAACCAAACUGGGAACCACGUUUUGCCUUAUUUCAAAGUCCUCUUCAUGUCUACUGUAUUGGGGAUUUUUUUUAAACAAAAUCAAAAGUAUUAAAUGGCAGAAUCCAAAGAUUUUUAUAUUACUAACUUGAUUGCUUAUGAUUUAAAUUCUUAGGCACUUCUCAGUGCUCUUGGUUUCUUGUUUCAGGAUGUUUCUCAAGAUAGGGACUUAAAUGUAUUCAUACACUUCAAAAAUGUCCUAUAUGGUACCUCAGGCCAUUAAAGUGAACUGCAUUUUCCAUUAUGAAUAGUUGUUGGACAUGAGAGUGAAUCCUAAUGAGGGUUGUGAUGAGAUAUUGUGGAUUCCUACAAUAUCUGGAAGACCAUUGGCUUUGUUUGUAUCUUGUCCUAUAGUCCUCAGAUUUUUCUUCUAUAUUUGACAUUAUACAGAUUCUUCAGUAACAAAAUAUUGAUUGGAUAUGUUGUAAACCUUAUGCCUUAUACUGACAUUUUCCAACCUAAUGCAUUCAAAUGUGCUUUGUUAAAAUUCUCACCCUUGCCACCAAUAGUGUCCCUAUAGUGUGAGUCUCAUACUGAAUUGUACUGUUUUAGACUCCAUGAAUAUAUGCACACAUGAGCAGAGCACUUAGUACUCCAUUUAUUGCAAUUUCCCUGCAUGUGCCAUUAUCGCAUAGCAUAGGAAUUAACACUUUUAAGGUUUUUAAAGGGUGACAUAACAUUCCAACAACUGAACCCUUUGCCUUUAGAGCAUUAUGGUAGAGUAAGGUAUUUGAUAGUGGCAAAUAUCUGUAACUCGUGUGUAGGAUGAUGACGGUGGACAUUCGUUCUCCAAGCUUGUGGGUUGGUUUCCAAAUGUUUUGUUACCAGGCUAGGUAACUUAUUCAGGAGAUAGUUUUUGUACGGUGGUUGACUGUGUGGUGCAUUGUGGUUUGGGAGCUGUCUGUUGGAAUACAAAAUUUUUCAGAUAGCCAUUGUGGAGAAAGACUGAAGAUGUUACUUGGUAACAAAACAUUCGGAAACCACCCACAAGCUAGGAGAACGAACCUCCACACUCACAGUAAGGUGAUAGAUAGUAGAUACUUGCAUCAGCAGGCAGCAGCCUUCAAGCAUAAUUCAGAUGAUUCUUUUGAAAACUUUUUAGCUAUCAUUGCCACAACAGAUUGUAGCAUUUACUAAUUCUGGCUGAUGCUCAAAAGCAUUAAGCAGCACUAAAUAUAAUUAGUAUUUAUAUUAGAGACAAUGAUGAAGUUCCAGGACUGUAGGCUGGGCAUGGAUAUAGAAAAAAAUAUCCUGGAAAAAGGAAAAGACCAGCUGUGGUUUUGCCAAAGUGUCUUAAUUUAGUUUUCAAUGAGAUUUGGAGACAAAACACUUGACAUUUGUCAUUAUUUUUCAAUAUUUGCUUAAGUACACAUUUUGCUCUUUAAGCUUAGAACCUGUGGAGCCAGAUGUAAAUAUACACUAGUCUUUUCAUCCUGUUUUUUCAGGAGGUUGGAUUUUUGUUGAAUGUGGCCAGUUUGCCUUGGGCAACGUAAAACCUUUGAUAUUAGGGACCCAACUGCCUUUUCCCCCCCGGAUUAUUGAUUUAAUUUUUUGUAAUCAACAUAUCAGCAAAUCCAGAAUUUUGAAAUCUUCAUUAGCACAAGCUCUUUUUAUUUGUGGUUUUUUUACUGCAACGUUCUUAAAAUAUCAAGAGAUCUAAUUAAUUCUCUGAGCAAUGAGGACACGGGCUGCAUAAUUCCAAUGGACUUUUGAAAGUACAAAAAAACAAACUCUUCUGUCAUGCUUUGCAAUAACUCUGGGUUUGUUACUUCCCCUUAUACUGUGUUGCUGAAUCAAGUUAGGUCAAAAAACCAUUUGAAGGACCUUCAUUUCUGUAGAGUGUAAAUUGCCUCUGAAGCUGGUAUAGAGGUUAUGUUUGCUGGGCAUCCCGUAAUUCCCAGAUUCUUUUUUCUCUUCAUGUAUUCUAAGGGGUAUUUUUUCAAUGUGAUGUUUGUUGUAUGCAAGCCGGUUCUCUUCUGAUUUAGAAUUCUUAAACAAAUCCACUUGAGUGAAGGCGGCUUCCAAUUGCUAACGUUUGCCCAGUCAAGAGUCCCAGAGAUAAGCAUAUCUCUGUCCUCCCCUCAUAUAUUCUAGAAUGUAUCCAAUCAAAUAUUAAUUAAAAUAAUGUUCAUAAAUCGGAAACUAGUCUUUUGCCAAACAAAGGGCCAAUGUCCAACAUACCUUGUUUCUAGAGAUGCUCCUGGACUUGAUCUGCAAAUACAGACUACAGGAUGUGGGUUUUUUUUGACAUGUGCCUGUCUGCCAAAAAACAAACCUUGGGAACUUUUAAGACGUAUGCAUUUCCAGCCCCAGAAUUCCCAAGCCAGCAUGGGGAAUUCUGGAAGUAAAAUUCUACACAAUUUACAUUUGCCAAUGCUGGGAAAACCUAACCUAAAAUAAAGCAUAUGCAUGUGUGUAUAUAGUCACAGAUAGGAAGGUUGCCAGGUUGUAGGGAGCAUUUAAUAGGGUAUAAGAAAGAGUGAGGAAUAACUUUACCAGUUUGCAUUCUAGUCAAUUAUAUCUUCAUCAUGGCAAUUAUUUUAUAUAUGGACCUGCUUUUUCAAGAAUUUGAAUUGGCAACAGCUGUGAUAUAUUCCAAGACGUUCAAAUUUGAUAUAGAAAAGUCAAACAAUCCUGAACUUGUUUUUGUUGAAUUCACCAGAAAUUGAAGUGAGUAAACCAAGAAUUUACCUCAUUUCAUAUCUGCUCAGCCACUGUCUCAUUUGACAUUCUUUUGAGCAAUGGAAGCUUAAUGACAACUUGGAAUGUUCUGAAAAUGAACUUAAUAACUGAACUUCUGUUUUCCAUUUAAAAAAAAUUCAGGUUUAGUAUCCUGGUAGGACUGGUCAGUCCCUUUAUGGGAAAUCCUGUAGAGCAGCUGUCAGUUUGUAUAGGAAAUAUGACUCAGUAUGAUCACUGGGCUGACUCAGAGCUAUGUACCAAGUUUUGGUUUUGUGUGAUGUAAUAAGUAGCAUGCUAAAUGUAGGAAGAUACACACAAAAGACUGUGGUGUGGAAACGGGUAGAAGGUUGGCUUUGUAAACCUUAUAAACUUAUAUAGCUCAGCUCUUUUGACUAGUAACUGUAUGCAUAUAAGAAAUGCUCACAAAUAAAAUACAUUGCCUGAAUUAAAUUUU